CCUUCUCUCCCAUAAGCAAAAGCCAAAACCCAAUUAUUACUACUCUCUGCUCCAUCUUUCACUUCAGGACAUAUUUUUUGGUCCCCCUUCAACCAUGGCCAAGGAUGUCGAGGUGGCAGAGCCCGGCGAGUUCUCUGCCAAAGACUACCAUGACCCACCCCCGGCACCGCUCAUCGAUGCCGAGGAGCUGACCCAGUGGUCCUUCUAUAGGGCCCUCAUAGCGGAGUUCAUCGCCACCCUUUUGUUCCUUUACGUCACUGUCCUGACUGUGAUUGGCUACAAGAGCCAGACCGACCCGAACAAGCCUGUGGUCGACGAGUGUGGUGGUGUUGGCAUUCUCGGCAUCGCAUGGGCUUUCGGGGGCAUGAUCUUCAUCCUUGUUUACUGCACCGCUGGCAUCUCUGGAGGACACAUCAACCCGGCCGUGACACUUGGGCUGUUCCUGGGACGCAAAGUAUCGCUCAUCAGGGCGAUCAUGUACAUGGUGGCACAGUGCCUGGGUGCAAUCUGUGGUUGUGGCCUCGUUAAGGCCUUCCAGAAGUCCUACUACAACAGGUACGGUGGCGGCGCCAACGAGCUAGCCUCAGGAUAUAACAAGGGAACCGGCCUCGGAGCUGAGAUCAUCGGCACCUUUGUCCUAGUCUACACCGUCUUCUCUGCCACCGACCCCAAGAGAAAUGCGAGGGACUCCCAUGUUCCCGUACUGGCACCACUUCCAAUCGGGUUCGCGGUGUUCAUGGUCCACUUGGCCACCAUCCCGAUCACUGGAACUGGCAUCAACCCGGCUAGGAGUCUCGGAGCUGCAGUUAUCUACAACCAGGAGAAAGCUUGGGAUGACCAGUGGAUAUUCUGGGUGGGGCCAUUCAUUGGAGCAGCCAUAGCUGCAUUCUAUCAUCAGUACAUCCUCAGAGCAGGAGCCAUUAAAGCCCUCGGCUCCUUCAGGAGCAGUUCCUAAAGAACAAUAAUCACUGGAAAACAAGACAAAUGGGCUGAAAAAGGAGAAACUGUAGAUACCCCCCCAAUAAAAGGGCCAAAAAAAAAAAAGACGUCUGCUGAGAGCUGCAUUUGGGGCAAUACCUAUCUGUAUUUAAUCGGGUGUUCUUUUUUCCCCUUUUUUUUUUUGCAUGAAUUUGGAUAGUAUCAUGUCUUUGUUUUAUCUUUUCUCUUUCCAGAAAGUGGUGUAUCUAUCGAUGAUGUUCUUCUACGACAAUCUAAAGAAUGUCAGUGCUCUCUCACUUUGCCUUUUCUU